AUGCUGCCUGCAGUGCUGCUGAGCUGUGCCCUGCUUCUGGCACUGCCGCCCAUGCAGGGGGCCCAGAUUGGCUUGGUCCCCCUGGAAGGCAUCAGAAGACCUGACCAGGCCCUGUUCCCAGAGCUCCCAGGCCUGGGCCUGCAGUCCUCCCUGAAAAGGGCAACUGCAGAACAGUCUGAAGAAGCUCUGCUGCAGGAGGCAGAGGCCUUGGCAGAGGUACUAGAUCCAGAGGGUCGCGAGCCACGCUCCCCGCGUCGCUGCGUACGGCUGCAUGAAUCCUGUCUGGGACACCAGGUGCCGUGUUGCGACCCAUGUGCCACGUGCUACUGCCGUUUCUUCAACGCCUUCUGCUACUGCCGCAAGCUGGGUACUGCCACGAACCCCUGCAGCCGUACCUAGUGGGCCAGCGUUGGGGUCGGGGCUGUACACGGGGUAGCGAAUAAAGGCUGGGACCAACCCCAAGGCUGUGGCGUUAUUUCGAAAGCGGCUGUCGGAGGUGGGAGG